GUAAAUGUAAGGAUUUCUGGAAGCUCUGGUUUAGUUCUAGCUCCCAACUUAUUUAUUCGAAAUACUCUAUAACCAUUUCGAUAUAGCCCAGUGGUGUUAAUUUCAAUUCUCUGCAGCAAAUGAUUAGUGGGAAUGAAGUACCCCCCCCCGUUGUCAGGCUGGUUGCUGUGGGUUUGUCUCAACUCUCAGUCGCAUAGCCCAGGGCGCAGUCAGCCAACGUAUAACUUGCAUCAAAAGAAAAGUGGAAGUAAACGGAAUACGUUAGCGGCAUCAGGCAACAGCAACCUACAUACGUGACACCGAAGUUACAUAAAAGCAUCGCGUUUUACACUGCGUCUCCGCAUGCCAAAUGUUCCGCAGACACGACGCAAUGUGGAGAUUUAUCAUUUGUUUCCCAGCAGCAUUGUGAAAAGGUCACUUAGGCACCCCAUCCAGCAGCCGUACCCCAUCCCUCCAUUCCUCCUGGGCCCCUGCCCCCCUCCACCAUGACGGCCCCCCGCAUCGACGCCAAGGUGGUGAUGCUGGGGAAGGAGAGCGUCGGCAAGACCAGCCUGGUGGAAAGAUUUGUACAUCAUCGCUUCCUCGUGGGCCCUUAUCAGAAUACGAUUGGAGCGGCGUUUGUGGCCCGGUCGCUCCAGGUGGGAGACAAAGUGGUGACUAUGGGAAUAUGGGACACUGCCGGGUCAGAACGCUAUGAAGCCAUGAGUAGAAUGUACUACAGAGGAGCCAAGGCCGCCAUUGUGUGCUUCGAUUUGACUGACAGCAGUAGCUUCCUGCGUGUGAAGUUUUGGGUGAAGGAGUUGCAAAACUGUGAAGAACACUGCAAGAUAUACCUGUGUGGUACCAAAAAUGACCUGGUUGAGGCGGACCGCAGCCAGCGGCAGGUAGACUUCCACGAUGUCCAGGACUUCGCUGACGAAAUCAGGGCCCAGCUGUUUGAAACCUCCAGUAAGACCGGCUGUAAUGUGGAUAAACUCUUUCAGAAAGUGGCAGAGGACGUCAGCAACACUGACUUCCAGCUUAUCACAGAGGAGGCGGGAGUGGACCUGGGGCAGAAGAAGAAUGCCUAUUUCUACUCCUGCUGCCACCACUGACGCUGAACUGGGUGAAGUGUACCUGGAGCCAGGAGUCUGUGGAGUUCCCCUUACAUAAAACAGGACAGCACAAGUGGUUGAGUUUAAUUUCCUCUUUCAGCUGUGCCAUGAGCUCCCGGCGGCGGGACUCCUGGGCAGAGCGCCUGCUCUCCACUGGAGGGCGCUCUCCUCACAGGGUGAGGUCUGGACCCAGUGUAUCCAUGAAGCCAUUCAGCAGAGGAAGAGGAGAAAGAACGACCUUCAUCACAAGCUCAUUUAUACUGCAUGUUAUUUAUAGUGAUUUACAACACUCUUUGGCCUCCUUGCACCAAAGUCAUUAUUGAUCCAUGGCCUUGGACUGCCACUGUACAAACCUUUGUUAUAGAAAUGAUUUGACUUUGAAUGUGCCUCAGACGCAAACCAAAUUCACUGUUUUGGCCAAACCUGGGUGAGAUUUAUUAAUUGCAGUACUUACUGGUGCAGUGUCUAUGUUCGUCUUCAGAAACUAUGAAUAUGUUAUUUCUUUGUGAGACUGUAUUUAAGUCCAUUAUGAGGGGUGAAAGGGAACGCCCAGGUCAAUCUUAAAUCCCCACCUGAGAUCGUAUAGAGCUUAAUAUACGAUGAUACAAUUAUGAGCCUUUUUAAAAUACUGGACACAUCCUUUAUGAAGUUGAGGUCAAGUGCAAUGUGACUGCACUGAAAACAGACUUUCGACAGAGGACAAAUACAAGAUGCAGAAACUUCACUGAAUGUCUUCAUUAAUGUUUACACAAUUCUGCCAUAUCAGGUCAUGUAUUUAUUUAAUGUAAGCAUUCACUUUUUCAUUUUUUUAAAAAACUAAUUUAAUUCUUAUUUGUAGCCUUUGGGCAAGCUAUUUGCAGUGGGGUGCUGUGACUACACCACUAGAAUUUCUACACAGUUAAGUGGUGCACUCUUCUUAAAUGGAGUUUAACCUGAGGAACUGAAUUUACUGUAUGGCAGACACUAUAACCGCAGUGAACAAAAUGACAGUUAAACUCUGGCCUGAUUCACCAAAUCUGGAACUUACCAUCAUAUCAUGAGGAAUAGUACAUGCCUUAAUUUUUUUUAAGUUUUUUUAUUGUAAUUUCUUUGGAGAAUGGGAAUGCUUCUCCAGAUGUCUCGGGCACAGAGGUGUGGUGUGGAGGUGUGGAGGAUCUCUCUGACCCGCCUGGCCUGGAACGGGCUCCCCAUCAGCGCUGACUUCUGGCAGUAGGGUGGACAGCACGAGUAUGUGUAGAGGAUUUUGUAGCAUGAUGUUGAGAAAUAAACAUGAUUGGGGCUUA